UGGUGGCAUUUUUCGUAUUAUUAAGUUGCGUAGGUUUUAAAAUCGUGCUACAUGUCGUAAAACGUAAAUAAUUGGUAGUUUGUACAGCAUGUGUGAUGUAAGUGACGAGAGUAUUUUUCACACAAAGAAACAAAAACUUUCAUCAGGUAACAAUGAAGACAAUAGUGAAAUACAUGUUAAAAAACGUGUCACAUCUGCCAAAACAUUUCAGAACUCGUGGCUGCAAGAAGAAAAAUUUCGAGGUUGGUUGCAGCCUGUUGAUAGCGACAAGAAUAAAGCAUUUUGCCGAGCUUGUAAUGUGGCUGUUUCUUGUGGCAAAAGUGAAUUGGAAAAACAUGCAGUUACAGGUAAGCAUGUCAAAAAUGUUAAACAAAUAGGAAGUAACCAAAGCAUUUUGAGCUGUUUUGCAAAAAAAGAUGAAAACAAGGUGCAUGUUGACAAAGUGAAGACUGCAGAAAUAAAACUAGCAACUUUUUUCGCUGAACAUAAUGUUGCAUUCCAGGUAGUUGAGCAUUUAAUUCCAGUGAUUAAGGAAGUCUUUAGUGAUUCGAAAAUAGCUGCCGAUAUUACACUAGGUCGCACAAAAUGCACACAAGUAGUAAAAAACAUUGUUGCACAAGUAGAAACAGAAAAGACAGUCGAGACACUUAAUUCACAUAACUCUUUUGUUACAAGAUUAAAGACUGUAACACCAGGUCUGAUAGUUCUUAACUGUAUCUGUCAUACAUCUGCUAUAAUAGCCAGCAAAGCAUGCGAGAAACUUCCCCGGUCAUGCGAAGAAUUAUUGCGAUGUGUGUGCAGUUAUAUUUCUGGAAGUGCUAAGCGGUGUGCCAUUUUGCGAGAGUUUCAAGAGUUUUUUAACACUGAACAGCGUAAGUUGCUCAAAUUAUCUGGUACAAGAUGGUUGGUAUUGCAUCAAUGUGUUGUUCGUCUUCUAGAGAACUGGGAACCUUUGCAACAAUACUUCCAACUUGCCAUUGUUGAAGAUAAACUUAAGAGUGCAGAGUUCAUUUUUAAUGAACUACAGAACCACUACACCAAGGCAUAUUUGCUUUUUCUCAAGUAUGUUUUGACUUAUUUUAAUUCUUUCAAUGCACUUUUUCAGUCAAGAAAAAUACUUAUACACAAGUUGUUGGAAGCAUCUAGCACCCUGAUAAACAAUUUUGCACAAAACGUUUUGAAAGCUGAGUGUCUCAAUCAGCUGAAACAGACAAAUGUGAACCAUCCUUCAAAUUUUCUCAACUUAGAGUCUAUCUAUCUCGGACCUGAGUGUAAGAAGUUUUUGCAGUCAUUGCCGGAAGACUGUGCCUCGAGUGUCCAGCAGUUCAGACUGAAGUGCCUUGAGUUCUACAUUUGUGCUACAGAUGAAAUGAAAAAACGUCUGCCUUUGGACAGUGAACUCUUUCGAGAAAUGAAAUUUGUAGAUCCAGCUGUUGCACUUGAAAAGUCAGAGAGAAAUGAAGUUAAGGAUUUAAUCACUUUAGCUUCGCAAAUAGGCGGAUUUGAUUUGAAUAAUUUAGCUGUCGAAUGGAGAAGUCUGCAACAUAGUAUAACUGAUGUGGAUCAGAAAAAGAAGUUAUUAGAAAUGGAUAUUGACACAAUGUGGGAUAAUAUCUCUCAAAUAAGAGAUUUCAGUGACAAAUUGUGUUUUCCAAACUUAAGUAGACUGGCUAAAUGUGUUCUCUCUCUUCCUCAUUCCAACGCAGAAGCAGAGAGGAUUUUUUCAAUGGUGACCGAUAUAAAAACCAAAAUAAAGGAAGAGGAUGGGUGAAGAGUCCUUAAAUGCAGUUUGUGUUGUCAGGUCAGCAUUUCAAACAAAUAACAUUGACUGCACAACUUUCAAAGUGCAUGAAAGCCACCUAAAACUUCAUAACAAGAAGAAUUUGUACUGCACUACAAAUGACGAAAGUUAAAAUUAAUUUUUUAUUUAACAGUGAAUGUGUUUGUGUAAAUAUAAAUUGAAAUAAAUACCUUUACGUUAAUGUUAGCUCUAAGAGUGUUACUAAUUUUUUUUUAAAAUAGCACGUGGGAAGUUUUGUAGAAAAAUGGGAUUUUUUUUGCCAUAACAUGGGAAUUUCACAUCUGUCUGGUUGGCAACACUGGCCGAAGAUUAACCCCCUCAGAUCGACAUGUCCUUCGGGCUGGUUCGUACAUGUUCGGGCUUGUGGAGAACAGCUUUUUUUAUCUACUCUUUGGCUGGCCAAUGUAAAGAAGCAAUUAUUUCAUGAAUGCAGCGAGAGAGUUUAUUUGAUGUAUUUUUAAAUCACUGAUAAUAUUUAUUGAUGUAUUUUAAAAUCACUGAUAAUAUUUGUUUUGUGGCUGGAAGAUGGUAACCAUGGUGACUUGUGAAUUUUUAUGGAGGAUUAAUAAAAAGCAGUAAAAUUUAUUAAUGUUUGUCAGAAGGAAUUUUUUUUUCCAAUAAUCAAUCAAUCAUCUACACACUACAGUAACAAUUUUCCUUAACUCAAAUAAUAUUUCAAUACAUAUCUUAUAAAGUAUUCAUAUAUGUACAAUAUAGACCAAUUUUGAGCUAGUCUGAUAUCAGCAUAUUAGUUAUUAUGAACAUAUACUAUCAGAACUACCAUUUGCAUAUAGUGCACAUACAUACAUAACACUAGCCAACAACCAUUAAAAAAAAACACUACUAUAUACACUUACAUAAAAAAAAAAUCAUAGACAAGUACAGAUUAUUCACUAUUAUAUUCUAGAGCCAAUUCCAAUAAGUGUAUUAUCAACAAAAGAAAAUAAUUUUUUUUUAAAUAACAAUAUUUUGAUAUGAUGGAAAAUCUGUAUUCUGAAGUUCUUGUAUACUAUGUUUGGUAUCAAUCAAUGUAAAUUAAUCAAUCUUUGAUAAAAAAUAUCCCGAAAAUGAUUAAUAAAUAAAAAAAAAAAAUAUUGCCAACCAGCUCUGGGUUUUGCAUGAAGGUUCAACUUCUCUGACUUCUGAGAUUACAGACAAGAUUUUAAUUAAUAAUACUAUUGGCUUCAUUACUAGAUUAUCUUUCAACCUAUAAUUUAUUAUUUGAAUCAGUUCAUUGAACUGAAAUAUUUGCAACAAUUUCUUUAAAUGUUCAUGAACUUGGAUUAUUUAACAUACAAAUGUAGGUAGGCUUACUAGACCUUUAAUGCUAGAAGAUUGUAAUCACAUAGGCCUAAUUUCACAUUUACAACUAAGUCUUGGAGCUGAUUUACAUUAAUAUUUGUGCUAGCUAGACUUUGUAAUAUUUAAAAUUUUAUUUUCUGCAAUGUUCCAAAGAGCAUUGCUCUAUUUUGGAACAAAACAAUUUAAUCUGACAGUUUGUUACAACCAUAGAAAAGAGAGGGAGGGAGUUACAACACUAUUCUUCAUAAAACAAUGCACAUUAGCCUGUAUGAAAUGAAUUAGAUCUAACAUAAGAACUACAAACUGCACAUUUGCACUUAAAAUAUUCAUCAAACAGUUAGGGAAAGAGAUUAAACAUAACACUUAAUUCUUAAAUCGUCAUACUACAUUUUAGUUAUCACACUUAUGUUUGUAUGUGAACAGAAUCAGAUAUUAGCACUGCAAAUGCACUUUUAACACUAAUAAUUAUAUCAAACACAAAUGAUAUCAGUAACAUCAUACUUCAUUUUUGGUGUUACAGUAAGCUUCCAUAAAUGUUUCUUUUUCUCAGAACACACAUCAGAAAACUUUUCUUGAAUUUAAACAUUAAAAUAAAUUUUUAAAUAAUGAUUUGUUACAUAGCAAACCUUCAAAAUAUGAUUUACUUCCAAUUUUUGGAUAAACACCAUUGAAGUUUUGCAUUGUUUGCCAUGGAAAACUAUGGAAAUAAAUAAUUAAAAAUAUAAAGACACAACUGAAUCAGCUGUAGUUGAACAUACAAAACCAGCGAGGAGAAUAAAAAUAUAAUAAAAUAUAAUAUGUUAAUAUGUUCACUAAAGGUAUGCAAUGGAUGGAGGAUGCCCUACAUUAAUAAUAAUUAGUAACAGAGAACAAAGCAAAUUUGUAGAGAAGAGACUUAACAUUAGUAGAAUAAUAAAAUUCCGAAAAGGGCCGUUUCAAAAAUUGCAAACAUUCCUACACAUAAGAAGCCCUUAAUCUCAAAGACUUCAUUCAGUAUACUGGUCAUUACCUGCUGCUCACGAUCUGUAAAGGUAAGGUAAUUAAAUUAAUGGGGGAAAAGGUAAAAAGCAUUAUUUGGUUUGUGGUCUUAUAAAUGUGGUCAUUAGAGGCAAAAAUUAGGUCUCUGUGUUUAAGUGCUCACUUUUCUGUCACCAUUCUCAGCAAGGUCAUUAAUGGAUCUUUUGAUAGUGGGGAACAUAGCAAACAUUGCAGUGGUUAGUUGGUUUUCUCAGAGUUCUUACGUUACUCCACCCAUCUGUUCUGUCAUUAGGUAUAUCAUUAGCAUUUUAUAGCCCUUCAUUUUUUUGUAAUGAUCUAGAGGUCACCAAGCUGAAAGCUUAAUUCAUUUCCUUCAUUGACAGAUAUAAGGGUUUAGGAUUUGAACCAAGCAAGAUAAACAUUUUAAUGUUGCCUGCUUCGUCUUCUAUAGAAAAUAAAAAAAUAAAAAAAUUGCUGCACUUUUUAAGGCAUUAAAAAAAUUGUUAUAGCCGGUUUCACUGUCUACAUAUCCCGGAAUAGUGUUAUCUUUAUCACUUUUGGUACAAUUUUUCAAAAUAUCUCUUGCUAGAUCAAAAAAACGAUGUCAUUGUUCACGUUCAAAAGCUGUAGCUAUAGGUAUUUUUGUUUUCCUAACCUAUCUAAAACUAAGUGUAUUUUGGAGGGGUCCGGGUUAGGGAGGGACCUAGGUGCGUCUCAGGCCGAAGCCUAUACGCCUAGUCAUGCUGGGAUUAGCCAUGCAGGGAGAGGGUCGCAUGCAUCAUGUGCUAGGAGGGGAUUGGCCAGCCAUGGCAGCGAUU